AUGCCAGGUAUCACGGAGCCUCACAUGUCUAGAAGUCACUCUUCUAUAGUUGAUCAAGAUGAAUCCGCCAAAAGUAUUCUCCAGCGCCAGCUGAAUGGGCUUCCGACGCGUUCGACGAAGGAUUCUACUGUGCUCGCCUACGCUCAGCCCUUGGAUAUAGCUUUGAUUGCUCUAAGCACCCUGUCUGCCAUCAUCGCUGGUGCAUUGAACCCGCUUCUUACGGUCAUCUACGGCCUUCUAGUUGGCUCAUUUCAAAGGCAUGCAUAUGAAAUGGAAGAUAGCUCUCGAUUGUCUUCCAGUGUUUCCAAGUUCACUCUCUACUAUGUCUAUCUUGGCAUCGCAGAAUUCAUCCUCAUAUAUAUCGCAACCGUGGGAUUCUACUAUUCAGGGGAACGAAUUACGCGGAACCUACGACAGGCGUAUCUCAAAGCCAUUAUCCGGCAGAACAUCGGAUUUUUUGAUACCCUUGGUCCAGGAGAGGUCACGACAAGAAUAUGCGGAGAUAUGAAUGUCGUCCAGGAAGGUAUCUCGAGUAGAAUCUCAAUAUUUCUCACGGCUAUUGCGACAUUCUUAUCUGCUAUUAUUAUCUCCUUUUUGAAGAACUGGAAACUCGCCUUAAUUCUCCUUUCAACUUCUAUUCUUCUAGGGGGAGCAGAGUUUGUGGGGGCAGCAUUUGCGUUAAAGUACAGCAGAGAGAAUUCUGCGUCCCUGGCUAAGGGAGCAUCAGCUGCUGAGGAAACAUUUAGCUCUAUCCAGCAUGUUUCUGCUUUUGGGAUCCAGGCAGCUAUGGCCAGACGCUAUCAGGUCUAUCUAAAUACUGCUGAGAAGUGGGGACUGAAGAUGCGUCUGUCAGUUUCAGUUAUGAUAGGAGCCGUCAACGCAUUGCCGUACCUUACAUAUGCAUUGGCAUUCUGGCAAGGGUCUCGCUAUAUUGUCAGUGGUGAGUCAACCGCUUCUGCAGUCGUUACAAUCGUCCUAGCGACAAUAAUUGGGGCCUUUGCGGUUGGGAGAGUUGCCCCAAGUGGAGAAGCCUUUAUUAGUAGCAUCUCGCAUGCGGGAACUAUUCUCAAGGCAAUCACUCGCAAGUCGCCAUUGGAUCCAUUUUCUACUGAAGGACAUCAGCUACCAAAAGUCCAGGGCAAUAUUGAGUUGCACAAUAUCAAUUUAACAUACCCAUCUAGGCAGCACGUACAGGUGCUGAACACGGUAAGCAUGAAAUUUCCUGCGAAUAAAACCACCGCCUUAGUGGGUGCUUCCGGAUGUGGAAAGAGUAGCAUUAUUGGGCUGAUUGAACGUUUUUACGAGCCUACGGGAGGCUAUAUCAGUAAGACUGUUCUGAAACAGCAAAUUUCGUAUGUUGUCCAGGAGCCUGUCUUGUUUAACCGGAGUAUUUUUGAAAAUAUUCUGCUCGGCUUCCCUGACCCUGGGUUGUCGCGACCAGACCAUGAAACGCAGGAGCUCGUAUAUUCUGCUGCCAGAAUGGCAAAUGCCCAUGACUUCAUCAUGGCUCUGCCCCAGGGGUAUCAAACUGAGGUUGGGACCAAGGGGCUGCAGCUCUCAGGUGGCCAACGCCAGCGGAUUUGUAUUGCCAGGGCCAUUAUCACUAACCCAAAGAUUCUACUCCUUGACGAAGCGACAUCAGCCUUGGAUGUCAAGUCAGAACGAGCAGUUCAACAAGCGUUGGAAUCAGCAGCGCAAAACCGCACGACAAUUGUGGUUGCUCAUCGUCUAUCGACUAUUCGCAAUGCUGAUAACAUCAUAGUCAUGUCGAAUGGCUCUGUGGUUGAACAGGGGCGACAUGAUGAACUCAUGAGAAAAAGCGGGAUGUAUUCCGCCUUGGUAGAAGCACAGCAGAUGGACAUUCCCGCACAGCAUCCCGUAGAAGAAGUAGAAGAGAAGCACGUUCUAGAAAAAGAGCGCACGAGAGAGGUUGUUACGACAGCCAGUAUCGAAGUGAAUCCAUGUCCGGAUGGCAGCCUCCACGACAGGCAUCAGCAAGAUACCCAAGAAGGACGGCGUCCGACCUUUAAGACCUACUUCCAGACUGUAGCACAACUUAACCGAGAGGAGGCACAUGUAAUUUUUACUGGUGUUUUUCUCUGCUUCAUUGCAGGCUGUGUGAUCCCAGUACAAUCCGUUUUCUUUGCAAAAUCGAUCAAUGUUGUUUCUCUUCCACCAUCUCAAUAUGCUCAGCUUCGGAACGAGAUCAAUUUCUGGUGUCUCAUGUUCCUGAUGAUUGCUAUUGUCAACUGCAUUGCAUGGGUUGGCCAGGGAACAUGUUUCUCCUAUUCUACGGAACGACUAUCUCAUAAAGGCAGAUACCAGAUGUUCAGGUCUAUUCUUCGACAGGACCAGGAAUUCUUUGACCAAAAGGAGCAUUCACCUGGAGGAUUAUCCUCAUUCCUCUCCACGGCACCCACGGAGCUCGCGGGCCUUAGCGGUGCGGUAAUCGGCGCCUGUUUGACGUUCAUUGCCACUAUUGCAGGAGGAGUCAUCCUCUCCUUAGCGGUGGGCUGGAAACUUGCCCUUGUAUGUGCAGCAACAAUUCCGAUAAUGACAGGCUCCGGCUACAUUCGACUCAGAGUUCUCUCGCUCUUUGACGGCCAGAUGCGGGCAACCCAUCAAGAAGGUGCCAUGUAUGCUAGUGAGAUAAUCACGGUUAUCAGAUCCGUUGCCUCGUUGACGCUUGAAAGCCAUGUCCUAGACGAAUACAGCCGGAUCCUGGCCCAGCGUGCAGCCAAAACUAUGAGAUUUAUUCUGAUAACCUCCACUCUAUAUGCUGCGUCCCAGUCUUUUACAUUCUUCUGCAUGGCACUUGCGUUCUGGUACGGCGGAACGCUCCUGGCGGAUUACGAAUAUAGCAUGCUUCAAUUCUUCACAUGUUUUGUUGCUUUGAUCUCAGGGGCCCAGAUUGCAGGGGCUAUCUUCAACUUUGCUCCAGAUAUGAGUAAAGCGCUACAUGCUGGCCAGCGUGUGAAGGAGCUCUUUGAGCUGAAGCCUAGGAUCGAUACGUGGGAUAACUCUGGCCAACGCAUUACUGGCAGCACUGGACAGAUUGAUAUUGUGGAUGUCACCUUUAGGUAUCCAAACCGCCCUGAACGACUAGUUUUAGACAGGCUCAACCUCAGUAUCGGCCGUGGUCAAUAUGUGGCAUUGGUAGGGCCUAGCGGCAGCGGUAAGAGCACUGUGAUUCGCCUAUUAGAGAGAUUUUUCGAACCGACUGAGGGUAAAAUCCUCGUGGAUGGAAAGGAUAUUUCCCAACUCAAUAUCAAUGACUACCGGAGCUUAAUGUCCCUUGUUGGCCAGGAACCUACCCUGUAUGAGGGGUCAAUCCGGGAUAAUAUCCUUCUAGGCACCGAGAGAGAGGUAAGGGAGGAUGAGCUUGUGCAAGUGUGCAAGAAAGCGAACAUUUACGCGUUUAUCUCUUCUCUACCUGAUGGGUUUGCAACCCUAGUUGGCACUGGGGGAACUAUGCUCAGCGGAGGCCAGAGACAGAGACUUUCAAUUGCCAGGGCGCUGCUUCGGGAUGCUCGGAUUCUGCUUCUUGACGAGGCCACGUCAGCGUUGGACUCUGAGUCUGAAAAGGCGGUCCAGGACGCUCUUGAUAAUGCUAGCAGGGAACGAACUACUAUUGCCAUUGCGCAUCGACUGAGUACAAUCCAAAAUGCGGACUUUAUAUGUGUCCUGGAUCAUGGCAGGGUAGUCGAGAAGGGCACCUAUGCCCAGCUGCUGGCCAAAAAGGGGCUGUUCCAUAAUUUGGUACAGAUGCAAAGCUUAGGGGCUGUUGGACCAGUGAACUAA